GUUCUGCAACUCCAAGUAUUUCCUAAGUUCCUCUUCCUUUGAGCAGAAUAAUUUCCAGAAAGAUACAAGAAAUGGCAUCUGUCAACAAAUUCCAAAAAGUGCUAGUGCUGGCACUUGACUGGAUUCUGUACAGUGUUGCAGGUGCUACAGACAACUGCCGUGUCACUGUAACACAGCCCAGGUUUCAGGAAGCUGAACACUCCGCACACACUGCGCUCCUAACGUGUGCUUUCUCAGCCCAUGCAUGCUCCCCGUCUCGGCCUCAAGUUCUAUGGUUUCGCUUUUUUACUGACAGACACGAGGAUCUGUGUACUCCUGAAUGCACAAAUCGUCAGAAGUUCGAAGUACAUGCAUCAUCAGAAAAUCACUAUUCACUUCAAAUCAACAAUCUGACUGUAAAUGACAGCGCUAUUUAUUUCUGCGGGAUAGCAUUUGCAGACUCAGGUUCACCCCAUUCAAAGCAAACAGGAGAUGGAACAGUACUGACGAAAACAGAAAGGCACAAUACUGAAGAAUUGAACUCCAUGAUCAUCAUCUCAUCGUUGCUGCUUCUAUACAGCAUUACUGUAUUCACAAUCAUUAUAGUCUACAAGUUAAAACGAAAGCUGCUAAGUAAAAGCAGGAAUGAAGAGCAGAGAACAGAGAACUGUAAAAUCAGUAGCGGUCGAAAAGUUUUUCGAGCAAUUGCCCAAGAACUUCAAAAGCAGCGGUACGCUGAGCGCUGCCAACAGCCCGAUCAUUUGGAAGAUGACACUGUUUAUCAGAACAGAUGAGUAUGUGCUGCAUUUCCAAUUCAUUCAAUACGUUUGAUGCAACCGAAGGGGCUGAUGAAGAAGUUAAGCUUUUUCACAGACAUACUUUCCUACAAAACGCAAGGAGAAAACUGUACACGGCAGCGUUGAGUGUUUUCUGAACAGAUCAUCAAAACCAGCAUGAUGUCUGUUACACAUUACUUCCCAUUCCACAAGAAUAAAAACAGUGGGAGAAGACUCCAUCUUUCAGAAGAGAACUGCUAAUGCUUCAUAAAAAUUUCCCUUUUCAGUUUAGAUUUAAUUUUAUGUAUUUUUACAUGAAUUUCAUUGCAUUUCUUGUAUGUGAAUUGUGCAUUUGUGUAAGAUGUACAUUAAUCAACAGCAACAAAAUAAACUUAUUACACGGUGACAUUCUGUUUUCAGCCAUAUUAGUGUGAUAGUUUUAAUGGAUACAGAGAUGAAAAACUACUGAGUCUUGCAGCAGCUUCAACAGCAAACGUAUUCUGAGAUAGGCAAGCAGGAACAAAAAACAACAGAAAAUAUAAAUGCAUAUACUAUCAUGUUAAAGCUCAUUUGGGAUGGGAACUCCCCCCAGCCUACCAAGGAAAGGAAGAUGGUGGUCAUUGUGAAAAGGCUGCUCUAGCAACUUCAAAAUUCAACCACCAGCAAGACAACUCCCUUCUUCCAACCCUACCAUCCAAUGUCAGGAUUACCUGGAGCGCCAGCCUUUGUGAACAAAUGGUGCAGGCUCAAACACAGAAGUACACAGAAGUUACUAACUAGCUAAUGUACAAAAUCAGCACUGUGACGAGUGACCUGCUGGUGCCAGGCAUGCUUCCUGCUCGGGAACAAUUGCACCUAUCGUCAUUUAGAAGCAGCAAGGACUGAAGUGCUACUUCACAUUUCAGUGAAGCGAGAACUGACAGAUCAGAAAAAGCAAGUCCCCAUCUAGCACAGUACUGUGUUUCCAAAUGCUCCAGGAAAAUGGGAAAUGCACCUCUCUCUUCUCAUCCCUCUCAAACAAUCAUAUAAAUAAACACUAAUGUGUUCAACAAGAAAAUUUCACAA